AUGGAGGCCCAGCAGACCGGCGGCGACGUCAACAUCUCUGACGCCAACACCAUCAACGGCCAGCCUGGCGGCUUCGCCCCGUGCUCUAAGAAUGACACCUUCAGGAUGCUCGUGGAGCAUGGCAAGACGUACCUGCUCCGGAUAAUCAACGCGGGGCUCACCAACGACAUGUUCUUCACUGUCGCCGGGCACCACCUCACGGUGGUUGGCACCGACGGCCAUUACCUCAAGCCGUUCACCGUCGACCACAUCAUGAUCUCCUCCGGACAGACCAUGAACGUGCUCCUCGAGGCCAACCGCACCACCAAAGGCUCAGGCGACAACAACCGCUACUACAUGGCCGCGAGGCCGUUCUUCACCAACAAAGGACCCCUGCUCCGAUCUCUGGUCACCAAGGAGCACCCGAUCAACGUGCCAAUGGAGGUCAACAAGCACAUGCUCGUGACGAUCUCCGUCAACACGCUCCCCUGCGGGCCUAACAAGACGUGCGCCGGCCCCAGAGGCGACCGCCUCGCGGCGAGCCUGAACAACGUCAGCUUCGUGCCGCCGACCGUCGACAUCCUCGACGCCUACUACGACUCCAUCAGCGGCGUGUACGAGCCGGACUUCCCCGACAGGCCACCCUUCUUCUUCAACUUCACCGCCCCCAACCCGUCGAAGGAGCUCCAGCUCACAAAGCGGGGCACCAAGGUGAAGAUGGUGGAGUACGGCACCGUGGUGGAGGUGGUGUUCCAGGACACGGCCAUCCUCGGCGCCGAGAGCCACCCCAUGCACCUGCACGGCUUCAGCUUCUACGUGGUGGGCCGAGGGUUUGGUAACUUCGAUAAGGACAAGGACCCAAUCACGUACAACAUGGUCGACCCGCCGUACCAGAACACCGUCUCCGUGCCCGCAGGCGGCUGGGCAGCAAUGCGCUUCCGUGCGGCAAAUCCUAGUGAGGUGUGGUUUAUGCACUGUCACUUCGAUCGUCACACGGUGUGGGGUAUGGACACUGUGUUCAUUGUGAAAAAUGGCAAGACCUCAAAGUCUCAAAUGAUGCCACGUCCACCUAACAUGCCCAAGUGCUAA